AUGGAAGAAGAUUCAUAUUACGAGUUUAGGGAUAACCUAAUUAUAAAUAUUAUCAGAACAAAUGAUGUCAACAAGCCAUUCUACAGCUAUACGGAAUACAUUCUUGAGUUUAAAGUUCUGAGCAAUCAGAAAAUUUUGAAGAAAAGGUUUUCAGAUUUCGUAACUUUUUAUGAUACACUAAAAGAGGAGUUAUAUACAAAAUUUAAUGAAAAUAUCGAAAAGAUUGCUGUUAUUCCAACAAAGAAGGUUUUUGGCAGAUUAAACUACAAUUUUGUUGAAGAGAGAAGACAAAAGCUUGAAUCAUUUUUGCGAAAUGUUACAAGACACAAGAAAGUAUAUUUGUGUGAAACUUUAUAUGUAUUUUUAUCUAUAGAUAAUAUUGCAAAAUACCAUUAUAAAUUAAUGUGUACAGAAAUUAAUGAUAUGCCAACCAUUGAAAUUUUAUUGAAACAAAUAAAUUAUAUUUUAUUUAUGUCAAGAAAUAAUACAUUAAGAAGCGCAGAAUGUGAUAUAAUAAAUUUUUUAUUUUAUCUUAAGAAUAAUGUAAAAUUAAAUAAUGAUGUAAAGUUUUUUAUUUUAAAUAUAUUUCUCCAUCAUUUAACAUAUACAAAAAACUCAGAAAAUUUAUUGAAUGUUCCGCUGAUGAAAUUUGCCUUUGAGGUCAUAUACGAUAAUUUGAAAGGCAAACAAAUCAAUGAGAUAUUGCUAAAGACCGCUUCCGAGAUCAUCCUUAGAAUUGCCGAUAAAAAAAAUGAAGUAUUUUUAGAGUACCUAAAAAUAUACAACUUCAAAGAAAUAUGCUCCAUUUUUAAUGUUAUAAAUAAGAAAAAGGAAAAAGAAAAAAAUAAACAACAGAAAAAAAAGAAAAAAAAAACAAAUACACUUAAAAUAGAUACUAUAUCAUGUAAUAUAUAUAUAUUAAUAUCUUUACUAUUAUUAUCAUCAAUACAUAUACCUGAAAUACAAGAUUUCUUUUCUGGAAAAUAUAAUAACACAAAUAAAGGGAUUAAAAUAUUGGGAUAUAUGUACGAGAGUUUAAAUAUAAAUAUUCAGAUCAUAUGUUGUAUAAUACUUUCAUUAUUAAUUAUAAAUAAAAAAAUAACAGAUGAAGAUACAAUAAAUAAAACAAAAAUGUCAAUAUUGUUAAUACAAAAUGAAAUUCAAAACAUAAAGAAUGUAGACUAUCAAUUAAUUGAAAUAAUAUGUAGUAAAAAAAACAUAACUAUAUUAAAUAGUAUUUUAGAAUAUUUAUUACAAAAUAAAGAAAUCGAAUAUAAUCUAAUGUUAGACAAUAAUGAAUAUUUGGAAAAAUAUACAAUCAAUGAUGAUCCAUUUGAAAAAGAUUUAUUUUAUGAAAAAAAAAUUGAAAAUGCAGACUUUCGUAAUAAUGAUAUAAUAUUACAAUUUAUUUUAUAUAUCAUAAGUAUAGGUAUCAAUGAAUUUUUUUUACUAAAAAAAAAUAAUAAAUAUCUUAUGAAAAAUAAGCUACUUAAAAUGAAAAUAAGAAGAAAAGAAAUAGAGAAAGAAAAAAAAUUAUUAAAAGAUCAAAAAAAAAAAAAAAAAAAAGCAAAAAAUAGCUCGAAAAAUAAAACAAAAAAAAAUACAUCUUUAUCUAUUGAUUCAAAUUUAAGUGCUGAAAAUUAUUAUGAAAACCAAAAUAAAAAAAAAGAAAAUAAUAUUGAAAAGAGGGAAGAUAUUUACAAAAGUUAUGAUAUAGAAAGUGUUGAUAAAAAUAGCCGUUAUGAAAAUAUUACUGAAGUAAGUGAAAAUGAAAGUAUUGCAUCUAUUCAAAACAAUAAUAAAAAAAAGAAUAAAGAACAAUAUAAUAUUUCUGAUCUUUCAAAUACGGAACAAAAUGAUAGUGCUUAUGAUUCUGAUACAAAAAAUGGAGGAGAUAAAAAAGAUAAAGAUGGUGAAUUAAAAAAAAAUAAAAAUAAUGAGUCUGAUUUAAAAGAUAUAUUUGAUGAAGAUGAAAUGAAAUUCUCAGAAAGUUCAUGUAUUUCCGACUUAUAUUCAUUCUCUAGUGAAUAUAACAAUGCAAACAAUAGUAAUGAUGAACAAGAUAAUGAACAUAAGGAGGAAGAAGAAGAAGAAAAGAAUGAAGAAGAUAAAGAAGGAGAAGGAGAAGAAGAAGAAAAUAAUUAUGAGCAAGCUCCAUUUGAAUUUAGCAAUCUUGAUGAGUUUAAAAAGAUAAUGUACGAUGACGAGUUUAGUAUAGAAUCUGGAAGUCUUAAAGAUGAACUUGAAAAUUUUGAAAAUGAUGAAAAUGAAACAGAUGAUGAUGAAUCAUCAACUGCUGGUAGUACUCAUGAAAAAGACGACGAAGAAGAAGGAAAAAUAAAUAAAGAAAAAAAAGAUAAAAUAUAUAAAAUUAAAGAAGAAAUAAAAAUAUUAAAAGAAAAUAGACGUAAAUUUGCUAGAAAAAUUCGAAGAAUAAAUGAACAAAUUAUAUUAAUAUUAUGUAAUGAACAUAUGAUAAAUAAUAUAUAUAAAUGUGCAUAUAUAGAUAAUUAUAAAAUAAAAAUAUAUGCAUGUAUGAUCUUAUGUUAUAUUCAAAACAUUAGAGAACUUAUUACAAAUAAACAUAAACAAAAUAAGUAUGUACAAAACAAAAUAAAUUCCAAAGGAAAUAAUAAAAGAAUAUUAGCCAUUACUAAUAUUGGUGAAAAGUUUAGUGAAGAUGAAGAUGCAAUUCAACAAGAUAUGUCUGGAGUUAAUGAGCAUGCUGAUCAAUAUAGAGAUAACGAAGAUUAUAAUUAUGGAAAUUUAGAAAAUGGACAAGAAGAAGAAAUGGAUAUGACAAAUAAUAGUAUGCAAGAUCAAGAAUAUAAACAAAAUUAUGAGCAAGGAAUAAAUGAACAAAUGGAAAUGACAAAUCCAGAUCCUAUGAUGAUCAAAAAAAAUAAUAAAUAUUUUAUUUGUAGUGUAGAACAAGAUUAUUACAAUUACAUAUACAAAUUUCACAUUAUCAACACAUUAUUAUAUUACUUAUUUAAUGAUACAUGUUUUUAUGAGCAUAUAUUUUAUGGAAUUAAAAAGUUUAUUGAAAGUCAGGAUAGCAUUAUGAAUCUUAAUCAUUUUAAAAUAAGAAAUAUGGAUUUUUCAAAUUUAUAUUUGGGUUCUAUUUAUAAAGGAAAUAAAAAAAAUAAAAAAAAAAAAAAAAAACAAACAAAAAAAAAAAUGAAAAAUUCUAACAAACGAAGUAAGAAAUCCUAUACCACUAGUUCUUCCUCAAAUGAUGAAAGUGAGAGUGAUAGUGAAAAAAAUACAACUACAAACAAAGGAAACAAAAUUAGAAAUAUUGAUGGAGUUGAAUCUAUUAGCAGUUUAAACAGUAACUACAGUGAUAAGGAAAAGGAAAAAUAUAAAAAUUCCAAUAAAAAAAAAAAAAAUAAAUAUAAAAAAAAUUAUACUGAUGAAGAUAAAGAAACAGAUACUAUAGAAUCUGCUUAUGAAGAAAAAACUAAUAAUGAAAUAAGUUACGAAGCUACUAUGAAUCCAUCACAAAAUCAAAUUGUUCCCUAUACUGAUUCUAAAAUAUAUAAUCAUAUAAAUAAUGUUUUUGAUUAUGUAGAUAACUUAAAAAAACUUGGAUACCUUAACAACAUUAUUGUUAAUUUAUAUAUGGUUAUUAGUCAUAAAUUAAAAAAAAUAAACUUUGAAUUUUUGUAUAAAAUUAUAAGAAAUAAAUUUGAAGAAAAAGGAAAAAUAAUCAACAGUAUAAAUAGACUUAAAGAAGAAUAUGAGCAUGUUAAUAUUGUUUAUAAUGAUUAUAUACAAUUACAAUAUGAAUAUAAUAAGUGUAUGAGUAUUGGUGAUAAAUUAUAUGAAGAAUUUGAAGAAAUUGAAAAACGUAGAAAAAAAUUAUUGAAAAGUCAUAAAAAUAUGCAAGCUAAUGUAAGUAGCUAUAGAAAAGAAUUAAUUAAAAUUGAAAAAGUAAUUGAAGAAACACCAUCUGUUAAAAAUUGUUUGAAUGAAAAUUUAAAUAAAAUUAAAACAAAUGUAUCUAUGUAUAAAAAAGAUAAAAAAAAAUUAUCACUUUUUAUAAUAUUACAUAAAAUAUAUUUAGAUAAUUAUAAUUAUGUAUAUAGUAAAUUAAAAAAUAUGGAUACACUAAUUGAAAAUUUAGAAUUAUUAGGAAAUGAAUUUGAAAAAAACAUGAAUUUAAUUUUAAAUGAGUACACUUACUUAAUUUCAAAUGAUUUGAUUCUUAUCAAUUUAUUGAAAGACAAACUUAAUAUAACAAUAAACUGUGAUGAUAUCACUUUACUAUUAAAAAGAGAAAAGUUUAUGAAUAGCAUUAAUUAUAAAAUAUGUGAUGAAAAUCAGUUACUUAUAGUAAAUAAAGAUAGUGGCCUCCUUGAAAAUCAGGAUAUCUAUUGUCUACGAAAUUUAUCACAUAAUAGCAAUACUAAUAAUAAUAGUUUUAUCGAUGAUUAUAAAAAUAAUAAUAUACAUACAAAAUAUAAUAGACAUGGAGGAAGUACUCAUAAUACAUGGUCACAAAAUAAUUGGGAAUAUUCUGAACGACCAAGAGCCUCAAGAAAUGCUAAUCUAAUGAAUAGUAGUCACGAUAGUGAAGGUGUUAAUCUUUCAAAUAAAUGGAAUCCAAAAAAUAAUUUACAUACAAAUAAGUACAUGAAAAAUAUUAAUGAAGAUGUUGCAGAUCAUACCGAACCCUUUAGUAGUUAUGGAGAUGGUCGUAAUUAUGAUGAAUAUCAAACUCAAGACAAUAAUUUAGAUCAUGUAAAUAUGAGAGCAAGUACUAGCAAAUGGGGUGGUCAAUCCGAAUUAGUAGAAAAUUUAGAGAAAGAUGAUAAUAUUUUAAUAGAAGAAAAUUUUGAUGAUGAUGAUCAUGUAUCUGAAUUUUAUGAGCAUUCACGUAAAAAAAGUUUAGCUAGCCAUUAUGGAGAUUACUAUGAAAGUGAAAAAGGAAAAGAUGAUAUGGCAGGAGAUGGAACUGAAGAAAAUGAAAACUUUUAUGGAAAUAUAAAUUUUGAUGAUGAUGCAGUAUCAAGUGAUGGUGAUGAUAAUAAUGAAAUAAAAAAUAAAAUAGAUGAAUUUAAUAAUUUUAAAAAUGUAAGAAUUUAUGGUAUUUCUCCUGAAGAUAUUCAAAUUAAUAAUGAAAAAAUUAGUAAAAAAUUAUAUUAUGAAAUAUUAGAAAUUUUAAAACGUCGAAGAGCACACAUUGAAAAAAUGACAUCUCCUGAAAAUAAUCAUAUAUAUAAAAAUAUACAUAAAUUUAAUAACCUACUAAAUAAGUGUGGACAAAAAAUAGAAAUGUGCAAAAAACUUUAUUCUAAAAUUAUCCAAAAAUUGUCAACUAUGGGAACAUCCUCCAUGGUGAAGAAGUCCGAGUCCAUCUACAAGUUCAUUAGAGAGUGGGACGACAAAAUCGAGGCCCUUAACGAAGAGCUCAAACUCGUCGAGGGGGAGAAGCAAAACAAGGAAAGAGAAAUAGCCAUACAACAAAAGAAAAUUGAAAAAAAAGAAAAUGAAAAGCAACAAAAGAAAGAAGAAUUAGGAAUAGUAGUUACUGAAAUGUAUAAACAUAAUAAUAAACUUAAAAAAAUGUAUAAGCGAGAUGAAAAAAUUAUUUUACUAAUUCUUUAUAAUUCAUGGUUCUUUUAUCAUUACAUAUAUAUUAUAUAUUUAAAUACAAUUAAGUUGAAAAAUUAUUUAUCUUAUAAAAUUAGUAUUGGAGAAAUAUGUCAAGCAUCAGCUAAACAUACUAUCAUGAAUAUCAACUGCUUUUCUGAAAUGAUUCAUGAAAACGACUAUUAA